AUGUCGUUCCUCUAUAAAACAACAUCUGUCCUUCACCCGGCAGUGAGAUCCUCUACAAUCCGUUCAUCACCUCGCCUCUUCUCCACCGCGAUCGUUCAUCAGAAAUCUGCUGCCGAAACUGUGAAAGAUGGCCUCAAAAGGGUUGACCGAACGGUUUCUGAUGCCGCUGUCGUUGGUAUCGACAAAGGAAUGGAAUUGAAAAACAAAGCCACCAAAGUUGCAGGCAUCGAGACGGGCAAAGCUCAAGGCAAAGCUCAACAAGCUGCGGGUGAAGCCCAAGGCAAAGCUACCGACUUCAAAAGCAAGGCCAAAGGAAAGGCUGAGGAAGUCCAGGGCAAGAUGUCAUGA